UGAGGGGCUGAAAUGCAGAGCAAUUAUAAACAUAUCGAACGACAAAUAUCUUUAUAUUCUUCUCGAUCGAUCUCCCUUUAAAACCAACCUGCACCCUUGUUUGUCCUGACACGAUACACGCCAGAAUAGUACAUAUAUCACCUGCACUCGAUCCUGUGCAUAGAGCUUGCAUGCUAGCAAUGGCGCCGGUCAUGGCAGCAGCGAUGCUUCUCCUGCUAUCGUCGUCGCUGCCUCUGGCCCUCGCCGACACGGCGGUGCUCGGGCGGAGAGGCGGCGGCGCCAUGAGCAUGAGCAAGAGCGGGAAGAAGGCGGGGAGGUACGUCGUGAUAUUGGACGCCGGCAGCACGGGCACGCGGCUGCACGUCUUCAGGUUCGACGUCAAGAGGUUGGACCUCCUUGACAUCGGCGACCACAUCGAGGUCUUCGCUAAGGUGGAUCCCGGGCUGAGCUCCUACGCUGGACGACCCCAGGAGGCAGCAAAAUCCAUACUGCCGCUGCUUCACGACGCCAAUAAGGCUGUCCCUGCCCCGCUCAUCAACAAAACUCCCCUUAGACUGGGGGCCACUGCUGGACUCAGACUUGUCGGAGACGAAAAGGCAAACCAGAUACUAGAAGCGGUCAGGGAUGUAGUUCAUAGCAAAAGCAAAUAUCAGUACAACCCAAACUGGAUCAAUGUUCUUACAGGGUCUCAGGAGGGAUCUUACAUGUGGGUUGCCCUCAACUAUUUGCUGGAUAGAUUAGGACGGGAUUACUCCAAAACAGUUGGUGUGAUUGAUCUUGGAGGUGCAUCAGUGCAAAUGGCCUACGCCAUCUCGUCGAGCACUGCUGCUAAUGCCCCAAAAGUGCCCCAUGGAAAGGAUCCCUACAUUACGAAGGAGUAUCUCAAUGGAAAAGAUUACAACAUUUAUGUCCACAGUUAUUUGCGCUACGGUGGUUUGGCUGCUCGUGUGGAGAUCCUGAAGAGAAAGACAGGACAGUAUAGCAACUGCAUGUUACACGGAUUUAAUGGUAAUUUCACCUACAACGGGAAGCAGUACGAUGCAACGGCCGCACCACAAGGUGCAGACUACCACAACUGCAGAGAUGAUGUAGUGAAUACACUCAACCUCGAUGCGCCAUGCAAAACCAAAAACUGUACCUUUAACGGUGUCUGGAAUGGCGGUGGUGGAAAAGGACAGGAUGACCUCUACGUUGCAUCUGGCUUCUACUACUUGGCCUCCAAUCUUGGGUUCAUCGACAAUGACGCUCCUAGUGCAAAGUCGACCCCAACAGCGUUCAAGGAUGGUGCAGAAAAAGUUUGUAGAAUGAGUAUACAAGAAGCCAAGGCAGCAUACCCCAAAGCUCGCGAUCAUGCCUACUUAUGCAUGGAUCUCAUCUAUCAGUACUCCUUGCUCGUAGAUGGCUACGGUCUAGAUUCAAAUAAGAAGAUAACGUUGGUAGCCAAGGUGAAGCAUGGAGAGUACUACAUUGAUGCGGCGUGGCCAUUGGGUACAGCCAUUGAGGCUGUGUCCCCCUAAAAAAACAGCUUCAAGAGAUAUGAAUAAUUUGAGAGGUACCUAGUAUGUGAUGACUAUUGUAUGAUAUAUUUGUGACACUUAUUGAAGAAUAAUGUAUAUAACUUUAUACUUUUAUGUAAUAAUGUAUGAGUUACAAGCCUAACAAACCUAUAGACUCCACAAAUGUGUCAAGGACUCCAUACUUUGGGCUCAUGGGAUCAAGGAGCAGAAGCACUUGUUGUCUCCACUGGAUGGCAAUUUUCACCUACCCUAUGCAUAAUAAACUU